ACUUCUUAAAAAAAGUAACAAAACUGCAAUGUUUUGUGUUGUUGCUAUUUUUUUUAGGAUGUCCGGAGUAUUCUUAUAGGCUUACAACAAGGAAAUUGUUGAGAGCCUUGAUGAAGAUCAAGGUCAUAUCUGAUUGAGAAGUUUGGAGAAAAUCCUACAUCAGAUAUCAAAAAGGCACUGGCAUCGGGUUUGGUUGAGUCAUUUGAAUGUUUGAAAGACUCCUCAAGCACUGGCAGUGUGAAUGGGUUUCUUAUGAAAUAUGGUACUGUACACCCCAGGACGAAGGCAACGACCAGCCACUGGAUUCCUGGAGGAAAGGAUGCGAAAUGUUAGAAAGCGGAUGAGAUCCACCAGCACGUCGCGGAGCAUGACACAGAAGACACCACCACAAAUGCCAGAUAAUGGUGCUUCUGCAAGGGCUCUCUUACCAGAAUGUACGAUACCAGACGAACAUGCGUUGCAGUUAAAAGAAUGGUUGAGAAACAAUUCUCAGCCCCUAAGCCAGAUAGAGACCUACAUGCAGAACACUGCAGUCAACAGGGCCAAGUGGAUCAGGGACAACAAUUGGACCAUUGAUCAGAUCCUCGAAGAGUUCCCUUGCUUGAUGACCAAAGGCAUGAUUGCACAGGACUUUCUUGUCCUACAUGGGGAUGCUGCAUCAAAGUUAUUUGAAACUUGGCUACCCAUUUAUGCUGACAAGAUUCUGUACCUGGCGAGAAAGGAGGGGAGGCUGACAUUGCCCCUGGAUGGAUUAACACCAGAUGGUGUUGGGGAACUCGCCCUGAGGCAGCUGCCAGCCUUGCUUCCACCGACAACUUCAGACCUGCAAACUUGUUGGUUUUCGGCGACAAUCGCCGUUUUCUUGGUCAAUUGGGUCAUUCACGUGAAUCGUGUAGAACCGGAGAGUUUUUUUUUUGAGGUGGUGGGGGGGGGGUCGGGAGGUUGCCCUUUAUCUGAAUGCCAUGCGGGCUAG